UAUGAGCCCAAAAGCUUGCAAGUUGCAACAUCCACGACUUGACUUUUCUUCUUUACCCAGUUUAUCUGCUCAACAAACUGAACUCCCAAAACUCUAUCUAGUAGGCAUCUUUUCUCGAUAAGCUUCAAAUCCUGUAGAGAACAUAUCUGGUGUGAUCAUCAGCUUAGGAUAAAGAUUGGCUUGGAAAUGGAGAUCAACUGGUUUAGCUUAAUUAGGAGAAGGAGACUCCAUGCCUGGCCCUUCAUAAAUAGCGGGAUCCAUGCAGGCGAUGCUGCACUCUUAAUCGGAAACUUGAAUCGGUGUAGUACAGAUCCCUGUUGCGGCUAUGCAGCUUUUCUGGUGCCAGCGCAGGCAAGGAUUUUGACAGCAAGUAGAAGCAGGAAUUUUGACAGCAACCAUCAUUCCAUCACCGGGAUUUGGUGGACAAGGUUGCUAGAAGCACUUCCAAGAGGACAUCAAGGGCCAUUUGCUGCGCUGUGGUGGAAAGGGAGACAGGAGGCUUUUGGUUAGGAUCGUUGCUGACUUUCAUGACAUUCCACCAAUUGGUCAUACACUCGUGGAUACACAUGUAUCAUAUACGAGAUUGCGACCGUUCGGGGAUCUCCAUAGCUCCAUGGCGGUGACACCAGUAAAGAGACACUGCAAAAGAAAAACAAGAAGUAGCACUGGUAGGUCAGAGAGGCAUCAACCUUUUAGCGUCUGCUUCCUGGCUCCUCCCUUGAACAAAGUUGCUGGAUUCUUCUUCUCUCCUUUGCAGCAGGGCUUCGCCUUCCUCUUGAUGUGUUUCCCCCGUGUCCUUUCAUUCUAGCACUAUGCUUGCUUUUAUAGAGUGUGUCGAAGAUAGGAUCGAGUCUUGAAUUUGAAUUUCAAAUCAGCUUAUCUCAUGGCAGGUCAUGUAUAGCAGAUAGAUUCUGUUGCAUUCAGUUUGAAACAAACCCCACAAAAUCUGUAUAGCAUGAUUUGAAUUGAGACGUGAAUGCCUCCAACUUUGACAAAACUCUUGCUUUGACCACUAUUUGAAUUUUGAUAGCUAUCUCGUUAUCUUGA